AUGACCCAACGAUAUCAAACAAGAGCUGGUGUUUUUGGUUACAUACCAAAACCCCGUGAACAAUAUAAGGUACCAGAUGAUGCAUUAGUUUCAGCUUAUCGUAAAUAUGGUCACGUUAAAGCUAAUAUAAAUCCGAUUGCUUUGUCAAUAGUUGAUGAAAUUCCAGAGAUCGAACCAUCUUAUUACUCACUCGAACCUGAACAAUUAGUAGAUUUCAACGGUAUUCUUGGAAUGAAAGAAAAAAAAUCAGGAACCGUUAAAGAAGCGAUAGAAUUUUUAGAAAAAACUUAUUGCCGUCAAAUCGGAUAUGAAAUUUCUUAUUUGCCCACGGAAGAAUACGAAUGGAUGUCUGAACAAAUAGAAACGAUGGAUCCUUUUCCGACAUCGAAAGAAAUUAUUCUGAUGGAAGAAAUACUUAAAUCUCAAAUAUUCGAUCAAUUUUUGGCAAUAAAAUUCAGCACUUUAAAGAGAUACGGAGGCGAAGGAGCAGAAAGUAUGAUUGCAGUUUUUCAUCAAAUGCUUGAAUAUUGUGAAAAACACUCCAUUACCGAUGUGGUACUAGGUAUGCCACAUAGGGGUCGACUUAAUUUGCUAACUGGUACGCUAAAAACUCCCCCUCCAUAUGUAUUCAGAAAAAUAAAAGGCUUGCCGGAAUUCAAUUCAUUAGUAAAGGCCACGGGAGAUGUUUUGAGUCAUUUAACUUGUUCAAUUGAUAUCGGAUCUGUUCACAUAACUAUGCUCCCUAAUCCGUCGCAUUUGGAAGCAGUGAAUCCUGUAUCACAGGGUAAAACCAGAGCAAAGCAAAUGAUGGCUAAAGAAGGAGAUUAUGGAAAAGGAGAUAAUAGUUUAGGAGAGAAAAUUAUAAAUGUGCAAGUACACGGAGAUGCUGCAUUUGCAGGGCAAGGCGUGAAUCAAGAAACGUUGCUCAUUGCAGGUUUGCCUCAUUACAAUACGGGGGGAACGAUUCAUCUAAUUGUGAAUAAUCAAAUGGGAUUUACGACUCCUUCGGACAGAGGAAGACCUACCAUUUAUGCAUCCGACUUAGCAAAAAUGAUUUCAGCCCCCGUUUUUCACGUCAACGGCGAUUUCCCCGAAGAAGUUGCCCGAGUAACCGAAUUAGCAAUGGAAUAUCAAAGAAAAUUCAGAAAAGAUGUUUUUAUUGACAUGAAUUGUUACAGACAAUGGGGGCAUAACGAAUUAGACGAUCCAACCUUUACUAAUCCUGCCGUUUAUAAAAUAAUUCACAGUCGAAAAACCGUGCCAGACUCAUAUUGUGAUAAAUUAAUAAGUCGGAAUGCCGUAACGUCGGAUUUUGUUGCCAAUAUUAAAAAAGAAUACUACAACAAGUUAAAUGAAGACUUGAAAAACGAUAAAUACGUACCAGAACAGAGUUAUUUUGGGAAACAGUGGUCUACGAUGACUCAAGGAGGUCGAAAUAUGACGACAUGGGACACGGGAUUGGAUACCAACAUUUUAAGGCAUAUUGGUAUUAAAUCCGUAGAGUAUCCCGCUCAUUUUAAUGCACAUAAGCAUUUAGCAAAAACUCAUAUAAAAAAUAGGAUUAAAAAAAUGAAUGACCCAAACCCGAGAAUUGAUUGGGCAACAGCAGAAUGUAUGGCGUUUGGAUCACUUUUGUAUCAAGGAAUGAAUGUGAGAAUUAGUGGUCAAGAUGUUGGUAGAGGUACUUUUUCACAUAGACACGCAAUGCUUGUGGAUCAAGAAACUAAUGAUAUGUAUAUACCCUUAAACCACAUGAGUGAAAAUCAGUUGGGAAAAUUAGAGGUAGCCAACAGUCCUUUAUCGGAGGAAGCUGUUUUGGGAUUUGAAUAUGGAAUGAGUAUAGAGAAUCCAAACAAUUUAAUAAUUUGGGAAGCUCAAUUCGGUGAUUUUUUUAACGGAGCUCAAAUCAUGAUCGAUACGUUUAUAGCAAGUGGAGAAACAAAGUGGAUGAAAUGCACAGGAAUUGUAAUGCUGUUACCACAUGGAUACGAUGGCGCCGGACCAGAACACAGCUCGUGCAGAAUAGAAAGAUUUUUACAAUUAACGGAUUCUAAGGAAUCGGAACCUGAUGGUGACGAUAUAAAUUUACAAGUGAUUUUCCCAACAACUCCCGCUCAAUAUUUUCAUUUGUUAAGACGUCAAAUGAUAAGAAACUAUCGUAAACCGUUAAUAGUGAUCUCACCGAAAACUUUGCUCCGUCUAUCUGAAGCUACCUCUUCUUUUACGGAAUUUAGCCCUGGAACUAGUUUUCAAAACGUAAUUCCAGAUGAUUCCGUCAAAGAAGACCUUGUAAGAAAAGUAAUAUUUACAUCGGGAAAACAUUACUAUAACUUGAUCAAAAAAAGAAAUGAAAAAAAUAUAAAUGACACUGCAAUUAUCAGAGUAGAGUCUUUGUGUCCAUUUCCAACGUUUGAAUUACAAAAGCUAGCAGAUAAGUUUCGAAAAGCACAAAAUUUCAUAUGGUGUCAAGAAGAACCCAGAAAUAUGGGAGCUUGGACUUUUGUAAAAACAAGAUUUGAAAACUUAGUCGGAAUACCUAUUAAAUAUGUAGGACCUGAAGAAAUUGCAGCACCAGCAUUAGUGGGCCAAGAACACUACAAAGUACAAAAUAAAAUAUUCGAUGAUGUUUUUUAA